AUGGCGACCAUUUACAUCGACGAAGACAUCGGCAAGGACGAGGUCUCCCAGACCGGAACCGAAGAAUCGCCCUACAAGUCCCUGCAAUUUGCCUACCUGCAACGCCCUGCAGAGGCCCAAUAUCUGACUCGCAAGUCCCAGAACACCGAAGAUGAGGCAGCAAAGGAGUGGAAGCCUGUCGCAAAGGCGGCCCUGAAGAAGGCUGUCAACUACUUUGACGUGCAGAAGAAGAAGGCCGCCAAGGAACAGGAGCUGGUCAUUAGGCGAAAGAAGGAGGAGGAGGAGCGAGCCAAGGCUUUGGAAGCGGCCAAGGCCAUUGUCAUCACAGAGGAUCCCAGCCUCCCUGCUGCCGUUCGAAUUGGCCUGGACGAGGUUGGCGACCACAUCAAGCUGCGUAAGCUGGACGACACCGAGAGCAAGGGAACCCGCGUGCGUGUCUUUGGUCGCGUGCAUCGCGAGCGCAAGCAGAAGGAUGUCAUGUUUGUCACUUUGAGAGACGGCUACGGCUUCAUGCAGGUGGUUAUUUCCGGUCAGCUGGCAAAGACUUACGACGCCGUCACCCUUACUCGUGAGACGUCCAUGGAGAUUCUGGGAGAGAUGCGAGAAGUCCCCGCCGGUGCUCGCGCCCCCCUCAACCGCGAACUACACGCCGACUUCUUCAAGAUUCCCAAGCACUGGAAGGCCCCCGGUGGUGAUGAUGCCAUUACCAACAGAGUCCAGGCAGAUGCCGAACAGGCCAUGCUUCUCGACCAACGACACCUUACACUUCGAGGAGAGGUCGCUUCUGGCGUCAUGAUUGUGCGCGAUGCUGUCGAGUGGGCCUUCAACCAGGCCUACAAGGAGCUCAGAUUCCGCAAAGUUAGCCCCCCGGCCCUCGUCCAGACUCAGGUCGAAGGUGGUGCGACUCUGUUCAAGUUUGACUACUAUGGCGAAGAUGCCUUCCUCACACAGUCUUCUCAGCUCUACCUGGAGACCUGCUUGCCUUCAAUGGGCCAUGUUUACUGUAUCGAGAAGUCUUUCCGAGCCGAAAAGUCUCUGACUCGACGACACUUGUCAGAAUUCACACACGUCGAAGCCGAGCUUGACUUCAUUACGUUCGACGACCUACUGUCACACAUUGAGCACAUCAUGUGCCGUGUGCUCGAAAUCGUCAUGGCAGACCCUGUCGUUGCGGACAAGAUCAAGACUAUGAACCCCGAUUUCAAGCUGCCCGAGAGGCCAUUCAUGAGAAUGAAGUACUCCGAGGCCAUCGAUUGGCUUGUGAAACACGACAUCCCCAACGAAGAGGGCCAACCUCAUGCUUUUGGUGACGAUAUCGCCGAGGCUGCGGAGCGCCGCAUGACCGACAUCAUCAACAGGCCCAUCUUCCUCACCCACUUCCCUGCUGAGAUCAAGUCUUUCUACAUGUCAAAAGCUCCUGAGGAUGCGCGCGUUACCGAGAGUGUUGACUGUCUGAUGCCCGGUGUUGGUGAGAUUGUUGGUGGUUCCAUGAGAAUGGACGACUACGAGGAGUUGAUGGCCGCUUACAAGCGUGAGGGCAUCGACCCCGAGGCCUACUACUGGUACACUGACCAGAGAAAGUAUGGCAGCUCUCCCCACGGAGGCUACGGUUUGGGACUGGAGCGUUUCCUUGCUUGGCUUUGCAAGCAGCACACUGUUAGAGAUUGCUGCUUGUAUCCUCGUUACAUGCACCGCUGCAAGCCUUAG